CUGGGAUGCGAGCGAGUGGAGCGCCUGCGGGAGGAAGCGGAGGUGCAGGUCGGAAACGCCGGGCUAGCCGAGCCCAUCGCGGGAGCAGCGGCGGCGGUCAGGCACCAUCCAGCGGCGCGCCAGGUGGCCCAGCCCGUAGCUUUACUUUUUGCCACACCGACGUAGUCAUUAUGCCGAAGAGAAAGUCUCUGGAGAAUACAGAGGGCAAAGAUGGAACCAAACUAACUAAACAGGAGCCCACAAGACGGUCAGCCCGAUUGUCAGCGAAACCUGUGCCACCAAAACCCGAGCCUAAACCAAGAAAAACAUCUGCUAAGAAAGAACCUGGAACAAAGAUUAGCAGAGGGGCUAAGGGGAAGAAGGAAGAGAAGCAGGAAGCUGGAAAGGAAGGUACUGCACCAUCUGCAAAUGGUGACACUAAAGCGGAAGAGAUCCACAUCUCUCGUUCAACUGUUUAUGUCUCAGCCUGCAGGAGCCCCCCACCCAGCACGCUGUCAGUAAAGGGGCAGAUUGAAACAGUGAGAGUUAAGGGUACAGUAGACAUUCUGCAUGUUUGCAGUGGCUAGACUCAGGUAGUAGCGUGCUGUUUCUUAGUGUGCACACUGGAGCCCUCAGGUAAGGCUUCUGCGGUUGUUUGAGUAGCAGAAAGCAAUGAACGCCACAGCGGAAGUGUUGGCAUAAUGCAUUCCUGCCUUGUCUGUUUUCCACCCAGAGUUGAAGUGUGUCUCGAAGUAGACCUGGAAGGAAAACAAGAGGCCAAAUGCUCAAAAGUGUGUUUCUUGGUGGGCGGACUCUCCUCCGGUUGUUCUUGUUCUACUGGUAACUAUAUGUGGUUUUAUUUUCUUCUUUCCUUCACAGGCACAGAGAACUGAAUCUAUAGAUAAGGAGGGAGAAUGACUUCUCAUGGAAAACUGGGGUUGAUUUCACGUACCUCUUGGGACAACUUUUAAAAGCUAUUUUUACCAAGUAUUUUGUAAAUGCUAAUUUUUUAGGACUCCAUUAGUUGGCAUAAAAUAUAUAUGAAGAUGGACAUUUUAUCCUCUUAUGGUGAUGUUUUUUGGAAAUUUCCAUCAUCCUCAAGUAAAAUAAAUAGCAAUUUAAUAUCAGAAGCUGCGUGUAAAAUGGAUUCAGCAUUUUAUGCCUUUGCUUUAAAAUUUUAGUCCUGUGCAUACUGUGGUGUUUUUACUGUGCAUAUUUGAAUUUUUCAUGCAAUUUUUCUAGAGCAAUAAUCAGUGGUGCUUUUGUGCCUAGGUUUUAUGUGAUUUUAAUGAAAUAUGGAUAGUUGUAGCCACCUGCUGACUAUUUGUGGUUUAAAAUAAAGACGUUUUCUUGUCUGCAAAA